GCCGAACUCAUGAAUUUUUAAUGAUUCAUCUCCGAAUAAAUGAGACACUGAGGAAGCUGUCGGUGUAUUAUCUCUCGAUUGUCUGCAUAGGAACCUAUUUUACGUUCAACCGGUCUCAUCUCAGUUGGGAAAGCUGAUAGUAAAAAAUACGUGCGUGGAAUUCACCGGGGGGGUUCAGUCGAUUUUAGGAAAGAACGGGACGGGAUUUCUCGUGUUGAGGACGACUGGCGCUUGGUUGAGACGUGUUCGUUGGCAGUCAGUGUCCAAGUGCUAGUUGGUGCUAGUGUUUUACAACACAAUAGUUCCCCAUUUUUUUUUGUAACCCAUUGUCCACUAAAAAAUUAUCCCAAGCCGUGCACAAAGUGUCCCAGUGUUCGGGGUCCACAGAUCCCAGUGAAUAAAGGCUGAACAGUCGUGAGGUACUCGCCAACCGAAACAAUCGUGAAUAAUAAAAGUGUUUGAGAGGAUUUUACUCGGAAUUUUUCACCAUCGCCAACACUCCUCUCCCACAUUAGCGCGACUUCAGUUUUUUUUUUGCGGCACCCCAGUGUCACCAAAGUGUCUCCAGCCCCAGCAAAACUCCAUCAACAAUGGGGAGAACGUUCUGCCAGUCGUGCAAGAAAAAAUGCAGUGGAGAAGUCCUGAGAGUGCAGGACAAGUACUUUCACAUUGGAUGCUUCAAAUGCGCACAGUGCAAUAACAGUCUCGCGCAGGGUGGAUUUUUCGCUAAGGAGGGCUCGUACUAUUGCACCAAGGAUUACCGCGAACGCUGGGGAACGAGAUGUGCAGGUUGUGGAGAAUACGUCGAGGGUGAUGUAGUGACAGCUGGUGAAAAACACGCAUUUCAUCCUAAUUGUUUUCACUGCCAGAGAUGCAGACAGCCCCUCCUGGGUCAAGGAACGAAAGUGACACUUGUUCAAGGUCAAGCUCUGUGCCACCGUUGCGUGGGGAUACCAGUGCGCGAAGCAUCAACUCCACUAGGAAGUAAAUCUCAGGACGGUGGGAUCAAGAGCACUGGCAGAGGUAGCAGCAAUGAUGCUGGUGCUUGUGCUGGAUGUGGUGAGAAACUUCAGGAGGGACAGGCACUUGUCGCUCUCGACAGGCAAUGGCAUGUUUGGUGCUUCAAGUGUCACAGCUGUGACAGCGUUCUCCAUGGCGAAUACAUGGGAAAAGAUGGUGUUCCGUACUGUGAGAAAGAUUAUCAGAAGCAAUUCGGGGUUAAGUGUGCGUACUGCAGCCGUUACAUAAGUGGAAAGGUCCUUCAAGCUGGUGAGAAUCAUCACUUUCAUCCAACGUGUGCCCGUUGCACCAAGUGCGGCGAUCCUUUCGGCGAUGGUGAGGAGAUGUAUCUUCAGGGGGCAGCUAUAUGGCAUCCACGAUGUGGCCCAGGCCCAACUGGACCCAAUGGCAUUGUCAAUGGGCAUGAUGCAGUUGAUAUGCACACUCCGCAGCAUAGGGAACAAUCCGAACGUAUCUCUAGUAGUGCUUCGGAGAUGCAGUAUUCGUUGAGAUCACGCACACCAAGUUUGAAUGGAUCGUUGUUGUGCAGCCCUUUUAGCAGCCUCAGUCGCAAGUACUAUCCGGUACGUACUGGUUCACCGGGGCUCAUUCUUCGGGAGUAUGGCCGAGGUGGAGAGGACAUCUCUCGGAUCUGCACUUACUCAUACUUAACGGAGACACCGAGCCAAGGUUACCUGAGACGCCCGAUUCAGCCAUACGAUAAGCCACCAACGAGCCCCCACUUUCAUCGUCCAAGCUCUUCGAGGUCGAUAAGAAGUAGUGGAGGCAGAAGCAGUCGUUCGGGAAUGCGGGCCUUGGUGGACGCACUCAGCGAGACGCGGCCAAAAUCCCCAGGGGCUGGCAGCCAAGUAGACAAUGACGAGCCCAUUGAGCUGGCCCACUACCCGGACGCCAUGAAACGUCCGCCCGGGGCGAAGCCCCCCAUAGAGCGCGACGACUUCCCAGCCCCACCCUAUCCCUACACAGACCCUGAGAGACGACGAAGGUGGUCGGACACCUACAAAGGGGUGUCUGACGACGAGGACGAGGACCUGACAGCCACCGAUACCAACGACCAGGACAUUCUCGAUGGUGUACAGAAGAAGUACAUUAAGGAGGUCGAACAGAAGCUCAAGAAGGAGCAGGAUGAAUUGAGCAAAAUCGACACUGGCAUUGCUAAGGUCUUUCUCCACGAUAUUGAGAAGAACAGGGAGAAUUUGAGACACAGAGCUGCCAAUGUCGAUCCCAGAAAUGCCUCCAGGACACCCUCAGCUGCUAGAGAACCCACGUAUCGAUUGAGAUAUGAGAGUCCUGUUGGCGCUUCACCAUCGAGAAAUAUCGAUCACGCACGACCCUGGGAAGACGAGGACGGCGUAAGUUACAAAUCCAGCACUGGGCCCAGCUACAAUGUUGUGAGCUCACUUCGGCACAUCCCAAAGCCGGGAUACGGUCUGGCCCCGCGAAGUCACACCUUCUCGUCCACCGGGGGUUCAGUAUCUGCUCUUCCUGGUGAUUAUUCGUUCAGUGGAAUGGGCGACAAAACGCACAGCACCGAUUUUUCCUCCGGCAAGUCUGAUAUAUCGACAGGCAGCAUCACAGACGUGGAUCGCCGAGCCCUGGUAUGUACAGCAGCCCCGUACUUCUCACGAAGAAUAAGCAUGAAUGAUGGCGGCAUCAUGCCAUCGUCGACGACGUAUACCGGUGGUCUUGGUACCGCUGGCACUGGUCACGGACAUCACAUCAGACGCUCAUUGCCGGACAUGGGAGCUGCCCCAACUGAACCACCAAAGCUUUAUCCUUAUCACCUGCUUAUUAUCACGAAUUACAGACUGCCUGCGGACGUUGAUCGCUGCAAUCUAGAGCGACACUUAUCGGACGCUGAGUUCGAAGCAGUUCUCCAGUUCAGUCGAGCUGAAUUCUAUAGACUGCCCCAGUGGCGCCGCAACGAGAUCAAACGUCGCGCCCGAUUGUUUUAAACUCGGUAUUAGAAUUAAAAUUUUUAUCAACAAUGUGCACGACCGCACAUUUCUCCGCUGCAUUCGAAGAAACGAAUAUGUAAUACAAUAUGGAGAGGCGUAAAUUUUUAUCGAGAGAUAGAAAAAGGAUUUGAUUGGGAUUUUGGAAUCGCCAGGUCGCCUAGACGAUAUUAUUAACGUCGAUUUCACAUUUUGUAACGCUUUAUCCUUUUGUUAUUUUAUCGGGAAGCCCAACAUUUUAGAAUUUAGAGCUGUUCAUGAGUCAUAACGAGAACAAAAAACAACUUCGCUUCGUUUAGAUGGAAAUGAUCGACGAACGAGUGCAGUAUAAUUAAUAUAAUUGGAAAGAAAACACGUCGUUCGUCCAUCAUUUUGUUUUUACAUAAUAAACAAUGCAUAUAAUCCCUGCGGACGUAGAUUCGUGUAUGUAUUUAUCAGAUAAGUUUUUUAGUAAUUGGGUUUUGCAUAAACAUAGUCUAGUGAUGGAUAAAAGUGAAGUGAAAAAUAUUCCACACUUUUUUUUGUGUUGCAAAACAAGAUACGUCAUUUGGAGAUGUUGCUAAAACAUUGGAGGCAGAUGUAGUACGGAAUUGGAGAACUUUUUAAUUGUUUAGUUAAGAAGAUGUGUGUAAUAUUUUUCAUGGAAUUUUGAUACCUCAUCAUUUAAAAAAUGAAAAAAUUAUUCAACAACUCAGUUAUUUGGAUUCGUUUGCUCCGCUGUCUUUAAUUUAUCGCGUUUUUUAAUCAAUUAUUAUUCGAUAAAAGCUGGAAAAUUGGCAACUAAAGUAAACAAACUGCCAGAUUGAUAUUCCUAUUGAAUGGCGGUGCAUAAUUCGAUAGAUAAGCGGGGAUGAUGUUAUUAAGAUAGUUGAACGAAGGUAAAUGGUAUUUUAACGCUGUUUGUUCGAGUGCCACGAUGACGAUACUCCAACAAAUAUUUCAAUAUUUGCAUUUUACCCAGAAGUCAUGUGCCUAUAUGGAAUGUCAGUGACAUUCGCGUAACACAGACAAUGUCUUUUUUUUCUCUCUCUCCAUACGCAGACGAAAAUACUAAAAAAGUUGAGGAGCAUUGGAAAUUAUCGCAUAUCGUUAAGAUAAACAAAUUUAUUCGUGCAAUGUAUAUUUUUGUUGUGAAACAAAAUCGAGAGAAAUGUAGCGCCGAGGAGGGGCGCAAUUGUCGCGAUGAGAGGGAAUUAAAAUGGUGAAUAAUUGUACAAUUGGUACUUUUGAUUUGUCCGACAAGUUGAUAAUAAAAAUGUUUUACAUUUGCCGUGUUGUACGAAGCACACACUGCUUCCGCUAGUCCACUAGCAUAAAUGAUGAAAAAACAAGUUGAAUAAAUACGCAAACUAUGAGUAA